GACAACAUCUUUUCCCAUGAAUGCUGGUGAUGAUCCUUACAGCUACUCCAAAAACUCCCAAUUGCAGAAAGAAGUGUUAGAUAGUGCAAAGGAGAUGGUGAGAGAUGCAAUUAUUCGAAAGCUUGACAUCAAAAUCAUGUUAUCUUCUUCAAACACAUUUCGUAUUACAGAGUUGGGAUGUUCAAUUGGACCAAACACUUUUAGUGCAAUGCAACAUGUUGUAGAAGCUUUAAAGGAAAAAUACCAAAAUAAUAUUCCUGAAUUUCAAAUAUUCUUCAAUGAUCAUAUCACCAAUGAUUUCAACACCCUCUUUCAAUCACUACCUAUUGAUCGAUCCUACUAUGCAUUUGGAGUUCCAAGAUCUUUUCAUGGUAGAUUAUUUCCAUCGCGAUCAAUACAUUUUGCUCAUUGUUCUACUUCUAUACAUUGGUUAUCUAAGAUUCCAAAAGAGUUGUUAGAUAAGAAAUCUCCAUCAUGGAACAAGGGUUUGAUUCAUUAUAUAGGUGCUUCAAAUAUUGAAGUAAUGAAUGCUUAUGUUGCUCAAUUUGAAAAGGACAUGGAAAUGUUCUUCAAUGCAAGAGCUGAGGAAAUUGUUCCUGGUGGAAUGAUGGUUCUAAUUUCACCAAAUUUAGUGAACAUCUCUUGAAAUUUCUCGGUUCUAGUCUUAUGGAUUUGGUGAACGAGGGUAAGUUAGAUGAGUCUUUAGUUAACUCAUUCAAUGUGCCAGUGUAUUUUCCCUCAAUUGAAGACAUGACUAAAGUGGUGGAGAAAAAUGAUUGUUUUAGCAUAGAGAGAAUAGAGUUAACACAUCCCAAAUCAAAGCUUGUGGAUGAGGCUGAUGCAAAGACUUUAAUGAUAAACCUAAGGACUGUUUUAGAAGGACUUUUCAUCAAUCAUUUUGGGAGAGAAAUAGCAAAAAGAAGCUUUUAACAAGGA